GCAGAGCUUGUCUCCGCCCGUCGGGGGCGGGCUCAGCGGCUUGCUCGGUAUCAUGGCUGCAGCCCUGGCUCUGGCUCCGGCUGCUGCUGCUGCUGCUACUUCUAUCUCUGCCUCCUCCUCCUCCUCCUCCUCCUUCUCCUUCUCUUCCGCCUCCUCUGCUGCUGCUGCCGCUGCUGCUGCUGCCGGAGGUGGAGGCCACGCUGCGUGCUCGGGGUGACGGCAGCAAAGAGGCGAGGUCCUGACGCCCAGCUCCCCAUCAGAACCGUGGCCCCUCCUGGACACAGACACUCCUCCCUGGGGCCUAGGCAAGCCGUCUCCCCCAAGGGCCGGAGCAUGGUGGUGAUACUAGCCCUCUGCUCCAUCAUCUGGCUAAACAGGGGCUUCAAGCUGCGGAAAAGUGGCUAGGCCCCUGGCCUCCUCGCCCUGCUCUGCUGACACUGCCGCCCUCUCCUCCUUCACCCCCCGGCCAUGUGGCCCUUGGCCCGUAGUUGAGUUCCUCUCUCCCUUGGUCUGGGAGGGGCACUGCCCCUCCUCGCCCGGGCGUCAUGGCCAGUGCCGAGGGCUUCCAGUACCGGGCCCUUUACCAGUACCACAAGGAGCGUGAGGAGGACCUUGACCUGCUGCCCGGCGACAUCCUGGUCGUGAGCAAGGGCACGCUGGAGGCGCUCGGCUUCCAGGAUGGGGACGAGCAGAGCCCUCACCACAUCGGCUGGAUCCUCGGCGUCAACGAACGGACCAAGCAGAAGGGGGACUUCCCCGGCACCUAUGUGGAGUACCUGGGGCCCGUGAAGAUUGCCCUGCCCUCCCACCGCCCCCGAGGCCACAGGCCACUGCCCGCCACGCCGGGGGCAGGCCCUGGCCGUCCUCGGGACUCCCCAGAGCCAGCUGGUCCUCUGCUCCCUGACCUGCCGGAGCAGUUUGUCCCUCCCGAGGCAGCACCACCUAUCCUUCAGAAGUUGGUGGAAGCCAUCGAACGCAAAGGGCUGGACAGCGAGAUGCUCUACAGACCAUCUGGCUCUGAGCUGCGGCCGCUGAGAAUCGACUGGACCCUGAGUGACGUAGAUCAGUGGGAUGUGGCCACCCUUUCUGAAGCCCUGAAAGGCUACCUACAAGCUUUGCCCAGGCCCCUUGUGCCACCUGGAGCCCAUGGGGACAUUCUUCAUGCCUUGCAAGAGAUAGCCAGCCCGGCCGCAGCAGCAGCAUCAGCAGGAUGGAGGAGACAGCAGCUGCAGGCGGUGCUGGAGCCUCCCCUCAUCCCCCUGCACAACGCCCUGACUCUGCGCUUCCUGCUCCAGCACCUGGGGAGGGUGGUCCAGAAGGCCCAGGCCCAAGCCCAGGGCAGUGGCCUGGGCCCCCGGGCCCUCGGGGAAAUCUUUGGACCUCUCCUACUUAGGCUGCCGGUCGCAGGGCCUGAGCAGACCCCUGACUUCUCGGCUCUGUUCCUGGAAAUGCUCCUACAGGACCAGGAGGAGGAGCAAGAGCCACCACCCCCAGCCCUACCCCCAAAGCCUCCCAAACCCAAGGUCCAGGCUGGCAGCCUGUCUAAUGGGAGCAGCGCCCCCCUCCAGGAAGCCGAGUGGUAUUGGGGUGACAUUUCCAGGGAGGAGGUGAAUGAGAAACUUCGCGACACUCCAGAUGGUACCUUUCUCGUCCGGGACGCAUCUAGCAAGAUCCAGGGUGAAUACACUCUGACCCUCAGGAAGGGCGGGAAUAACAAAUUAAUCAAAGUCUUCCACCGAGACGGGCAGUACGGCUUCUCAGAGCCCCUGACCUUCAGCUCCGUGGUGGAGCUCAUCACCCACUACCGACAUGAGUCGCUGGCCCAGUACAACGCCAAGCUGGACACUCGGCUGCUCUAUCCUGUGUCCAAGCAUCAGCAGGACCAGGUGGUGAAGGAGGACAGCGUCGAGGCCGUUGGCGAACAGCUGAAGGUUUAUCAUCAGCAGUAUCAGGACAAGAGCCGAGAGUACGACCUGCUGUAUGAGGAAUAUACCCGUACCUCCCAGGAGCUGCAGAUGAAGCGCACAGCCAUCGAGGCCUUCAACGAGACCAUCAAAAUCUUCGAGGAGCAGGGGCAGACGCAGGAGAAAUGCAGUAAGGAUUACCUGGAACGCUUCCGGCGGGAAGGCAAUGAGAAGGAGAUUCAGCGGAUCCUGAUGAAUUCCGAGAAACUCAAGUCCCGAAUAGCAGAGAUUCACGACAGCAAAAUGAAGCUGGAGCAGGACCUUCGGGCCCAGGCCGCAGACAACCGGGAGAUCGACAAGCGCAUGAACAGCCUCAAGCCCGACCUCAUGCAGCUGAGGAAAAUCCGGGACCAGUAUCUAGUGUGGUUGACCCAGAAGGGAGCCCGGCAGAAGAAGAUCAAUGAGUGGCUGGGAAUCAAGAACGAGGCUGAAGACCAGUAUUCCCUGGUGGAUGAGGAGGAGGACCUGCCUCAUCACGAGGAACGGACUUGGUAUGUUGGGAAGAUCAACCGUGGGAGAGCAGAGGAGAUGCUGAGUGGCAAGCGGGACGGCACGUUCCUGAUCCGAGAGAGCAGCCAGCGGGGCUGCUACGCCUGCUCUGUGGUGGUGGACGGAGACACCAAACACUGCGUCAUCUACAAGACGGUGACUGGUUACGGCUUCGCCGAGCCCUACAACCUGUACGCCUCCCUGAAAGACUUGGUGCUACACUACAAGCAUACAUCCCUGGUUCAGCAUAACGACUCCCUCAAUGUGACACUGGCGCACCCUGUGCUGUCGCCGCCGCCUGCCCGCUGAGAGGUCCGGCCUCCUGGGCAGGAAGGUGGUGGGGAGGAGAGCAGCGCUGCAUGCUGCUGCCUUCUCCUGAGCCCCAGGUGUGCUGAGGAGCCACAGCCCUUCACUUCUCACUGCCCACCCCUGCCCUCGUCCUGGACCUCCCAUGGACGAGGGUGUCCGGCCCACCCUGCGGCUCCCUGCAGGAGUGAGGGUCUGGUGGCUGGACCGAGAGAGAGAGAGAGAGAGAGAGAGAGAGAGAGAGAGAGAGAGAGAGAGAGUGUGUGUGUGUGUGUGUGUGCGUGCGCGCACUUGUGUUUGCAUGGGUGCCUGAGUAUGCAUGCAUAUGACUCCCCCUUCAUUUCAGCACAAAGAGGAAGUGGUCCAGUCAUCCAGAUUUUUUCCUUACCUUCCCCUUGGGUGGAUGGGAUGCCUUGAGGAGGAGACAACCCCCCCCCGCAACUCACCUCCAGACUGGUCUGAAGCACUUAGAAGUCACCCACAUUCUUGAACCCCUUGGCCCUGUCCUCCAUGACAGUGGGGUUCCUGGGGAACCCUUGGAGACUGUCAGACACCUUCGGGAUCAUCUAGUUCAAUGUGCUUUACAGAUGGGGAAACUGAGGCCCCCAGCCCAAGCUGGAAGGAGACCUCAGAGGGUAUCUGACUCCAUUUUGACCUCCCUGAACAGGAAUCCCCUCCACUAGCUCCCCAGCAUUCUCGCCUCUGCUUGAACAUCGUCAGUGAUGGGGUGCUCACAACUUCAUGCUGCAUUCCACUUUUGAAGAGCUCCAAAUAGCGCUUUUUCUUGUCUUGGAGCCAUCCAGUGAGAAGGGUUUGGAGACUUGAAUUAAGUCUCCAGACCCUCAGCCUGGCACUCUUCCUGUUGGGACCAUCCUCUGACUCCUGGUACUAGAGCCAAAGGGGUCAGAGGGCAGAGUCCCCACAGCUAGAUGAGGGAGAACGUCCAAUCGGUUAUAACCUGGACCCCAACUCCCCUCCUCCUCCCCCUCGUUACUGGUACUGCGGGCAGCCUACCAUGCUUGUUGUCCUACCUUGUGUCCCACAGGCCAGGGGCAUGGCAGGAUCUCGCCAUAGCUGCUGCCCCUCACUCCAAUUCCCCCAGCCAUUCUGGGCUUCAGUUUCCUCAUCUGUCAAAACCUUAGGGAUGAAGGCCACUCCCCGACCCCUUCCUUCCGGGGCCUGGGCCUCUCAUCCAGAUCCACUUGAUAGUGGCUGGGGACAGGGCAGAGACAGGAACAUGUACCUUGUGUGGGUGGCUGAGAAAGGACAGUUGGUUAAGAGGAAGAUCUUUAGUUACCCAGCUUCCAAGGUCCUCUGCAUACGUAUGGGAGGGUAGCAGGAGGGACGUGUGUGUUAAAUGAGGGUCCCGGGGACAGUGUAGGCCCACAUGAAGUGUCUGGGGUUCUGUGUGUUUCAGGGAGGGUAUUUCUUUGAAUAUGUAGGUGCCUAGGAGGUGUUCCACUUUGGGGUGGGGGGGAAGGCUGCCUCCACGUUUGAUUGAACCUGUGGAGUUGAGUUUGGGGAGGGUGUUAGUGAGUGGAUCUCUGCGUGAGUGAGUGUGUGUGUGUGUGUGUGUGUAUGUGUCCAUGUGCUAUACCUGGGAGUGUGUGGUGAACAUGACCGAGUUCACCUUCCCUGUCAGUCACAGACCUCCUGGUUCUUUGUUCCCCUCUCUCAGGCCCACUUAUCUGUUAAGCCUACUUCCAGAGGUCCAGGCCAUUAUGCCCAGCCCAUAAUCCCCAUUUAUUCUUCUAACUGUUGGGACUUUAGACUUUGGAGCAGAAGCAGGAUCUCAUCCUAGCCCCUGGGCAAGAGGAUAAGGUCAUAGGUGCCUGGAGCAGAGACCAGAGCAGUGGCUUCUCCCUAGGAGUCUGGGUCCUGCAGUCUCCUCCACACUGCCUUUGGGGGCCAAGAGCCAUUCCCCUCCCCUCCCCUCUCUAAGCCACUUAAAGCCUUCCUGCCCCACACUGCAACCCCAGACCCAUAAAUAAGCCAUAGAACCGGGGUAGGGGGAUGGGGGGGUCGGAGGCUCUGGGCCCCACCCCCCUUCUUCCCUCGAAUCCCACAGACCAUGACUCCAGGGGCAGCCAGGUGGAAAUAUGCUGCCUCCAGCCUACUCCAGGGUUAAAAAUUAAAAAGGGACUUACCGUAAAGUUUGGCCUAUUAUAGACACCCAAUAUGGGCCUCAUCCCUAUAUUGGGAGGUCUGUGGACUGGCUUCCGGACCAACCAGUUUGGGGAGUGGGUGUUUUUGUUUAAACUCUUGCAACACCACAGGAUGGUACUCUUAAGUGUUCCCUCCAAGCCAGGGGGGUCCUGAGCCAGCUGCCCCUGGGCAGGCCAUUGUAAAAUCCCUUCAAGCCCUUCCUUGGGUGUGGGACUUGGGGCUGGGGUAGGGGACACAGCUUAACUUCCCUUCUCAAGAAGCCAGGUUUACUGAGAACUGAAACCUUUGUUUGAAGCUGGGCCUGCAGCUUUAGCUGUGACCAGGGAGCGUGGAGUUCCCCCAGGAAGUCAGCCAAAGCUUCAUUUCCCCCUUUGAGCUCCAUGAAGAUCUCCCCACACCCCCAAUAUCCUCUUUUCUAAUAUAAGCUAGCUAGGUUUGGCUGUUUACAACUUUCUGACUGGUCCAGUGGGCUGAUACAGCCUCUUUCUCCUUCCUUAGUCCCCUUGGGAUCAGGGUGCCUGCCUAGCCUAGCCCCCUGAGGUAAGAUGACCUUUGGACUCCCCAGAGGCAGUAUCCUCUCUGGGACCUCUGGGUGGCUGAGUGUGGAGAGACCCCCUAGGAAAAAAGAUUAUAACUGGGUGGGGGCACAGAUUGGGCCAUUCUUGGGGUUUGUUUUUUUUUGGUUUUUUGGUUUUUUUGCUUAUUGUGGUUGGCUUUGUUUGUUUUUAGAGGAAAAACCAUUUUUUCUUUUAACUUCCUCUCAAAGACGGAAGGAGGGCUGUGUUGGGGAAGGUUAGAUAUGCAAUAAACGCUUAGCUGGCA